GCGGAGGCGGGGGCCGGGCCGGAGCAGCCGGCGCGGGGCCCAUGGCAGCGCCGGCCUGACCCGCCCUCGCUCUCCCUCCGCGGCACCAUGUUACCCAGCCAGGCCGGGGCCGGGAACGGCGCUGCCGCCCUGGCCCGCGGCUCCGGCAUGGGCAUGGCCCGGGCCGCCUCGGGCCGGCCGGGGACCGGGGCGCCGCGCGGCGCGAACGGCGGCGGAGCGGGGGGCCGCGGCCCUGGCAACGGCGCGGGGCUGGCGGGGGGCCGCUUCGAGCGGGACCGGGACGCGGCGGCGGCGGGGGCCGGGCCGCUCUACAGCGGCAGCGAGGGCGACUCGGACUCGGCGGAGGAGGACGAGCUGGGCAGCGCCGAGCGCCGCGGCCUGAAGCGGAGCCUGGCGGACGUGGAGCUGGGGGGGGUGGGGCCCGAGGCGGCGGUGGCGGCGGCGGCCGGGGGCUACGGCGGGGUGAGCGGGGCCGUGAGCGGGGCCAAACCCGGCAAGAAGACCCGGGGCCGCGUCAAGAUCAAGAUGGAAUUUAUCGAUAACAAGCUGCGGCGCUACACCACGUUCAGCAAGCGGAAGACCGGCAUCAUGAAGAAGGCCUAUGAGCUCUCCACCCUGACGGGUACUCAGGUGCUGCUGCUGGUUGCCAGCGAGACGGGCCACGUGUACACGUUUGCCACGCGGAAGCUGCAGCCCAUGAUCACCAGCGAGACGGGGAAGGCGCUGAUCCAGACGUGCCUGAACUCCCCGGAUUCACCCCCCCGGUCCGACCCCACCACUGACCAGCGCAUGAGUGCCACGGGCUUCGAGGAGACUGACCUCACCUACCAGGUGUCCGAGUCCGACAGCAGCGGCGAGACAAAGGACUCUCUGAAGCCUGCAUUCACAGUUACCAACUUGCCGGGGACGACAUCCACCAUCCAGACCGUGCCCACCACCUCCACGUCCAUGCAGGUCAGCAGCGGCCCCUCCUACCCGAUCACCAACUACCUAGCGCCAGUCUCGGCCAGCGUCAGCCCCAACACCGUCACCAGCGCCAACGGGACAGUGCUCAAAACCACGGGCACCAGCGCCGUGGCCUCCGGCGGGCUCAUGCAGCUCCCCAGUGGCUUCACUCUCAUGCCAGGUGCUCCGCUCCCUCCUGGGACCCCUACCAUUCCUCUCGCUCAGUUACAGCCGCACUCGCUGGCCCUCUCCAGCCAGCAGGGCCAGGCGGUCGCGGGCCCAGCUGGACAGCUGCAGCAAACACAGCAGACAGUCUUCCGCUUCCCCGCCACAGCCGGAGGGCAGAUUGUGUCUCUGACAGGCGGCACCGUGACGCAGCAGGUUCCAGUGCAGACCAUCCAAGUGCAUCAGGCCCCACAGCAAACGUCUCCAUCCAGCGACAGCAGCACCGACCUCGCCCAGACCUCUUCCAGUGGAACAGUGACACUGCCAGCGACGAUCAUGACUUCAUCUGUGCCAACCACAGUGGGAGGCCACAUGAUGUACCCCAGCCCUCACGCCGUGAUGUAUGCGCCCACCUCAGGCCUGACAGACGGGGGGCUGACCGUCCUCAAUGCCUUCUCCCAGGCAUCCUCGGCAAUGCAGGUCUCCCACGGACAGGUCCAGGAUCAGGGUGCGGUCCCCCAGGUGUUCCUGACGGCCCCAUCGGGCACUGUUCAGAUUCCGGUCUCAGCCGUCCAGCUUCACCAGAUGGCUGUCAUUGGCCAGCAGUCCGGCAGCAGCAGCAACUUGACAGAGCUGCAGGUGGUGAACUUGGACACGUCCCACGGCGCCAAGAGUGACUGAGAGGCCCUGUGGUGCCCCGGCCCGGGAACUGCGGCAGCUGCUGCCAGCCGGGUGCCGUCCCUGGCCCGUGGGCUGCGGAGCGUCUCGCCGGCGCCGGGAUCGGCAGCGAUUCCCUCUCGUACGGACUGCAUCACUUAUUUAUUGUUGCCUUUUCACGUUUCCUUCACACACACGCACGCACACACGGGGCGCGGGGUGGAGCUGAGCCAGGGCUGGGCUGCGUUGGGACGCUGCGUUUCCUGGGUUUUUCUCACGGCAGCCAAAGAAACUCAGCCCUGGAGGGCAGGGCUCCCCCGCCAGGUCCGUAAACAGCCCGGCGGCUCCAGCUGCUGUUUGCCAGGAGUAUUCGCCCCGAGCAGGGCACAGGCCCAGUAAAGCGACAGGAACAGCCCCCACCGAAGGAGCUCUCUUCCCAGGUCCAGUUCUCACCCCUCUGCCCAUGUGCCAGGGAGGGGUAGAGCGGGUCCAGGCAGCGUGCCUUCAGUAUGGCUCCCUCCUGCAGCCGGCAAGCUGCUCUGGGGGGCAUCCCAGGCUGAAUCUGCUCCCCUGCCAGGGCAUCAGCUCCUCCCCAGCUGCUCUCCUGCUGGCAGGGUGGGCUGGACAGGACCUGCUCCUGCCCAGGUGGCAGCACAGGUGCCAGGCCCUGUGGCAGAAAGCAGCCCCCCAGCAGCGAUAGUGCAGCACCGUGGGCGAGAUGCUGCCCUCGCCUGUAGCCCUGGCACUGCUGGGACACAGCAAAGUGAGCUCCUGGCGCAGUCCCUACAGCCCCACCGGCCCCGUGCAAUGCCUCCUUGGGCUGGCGGGUGUCCCUGGAGAGCUGUGAUGCUGUCCCAGCACCAUCCAUGAGGAGCGGGGCCAGGGGGCGCUGCGUGGGGUUGAUGCUGAGAGGAGCCGAGCUGGAAGUAAAUGGUGGUUUGCAUUUCCCAUGAUAAAUGUCUCUUAUUCCGCCUGGCCAAAGCAGUUGCUUUUGUGCCCCCUGGACACUAGCGAGCUGCCGGGGAGCAAGGUAACCUGGGCGUGGGUCCCUGCGCUUCUCAGAGAGCCCUGCAGCCCAUGGACAUAAAUCAUCUCCAUGGGACACUCCAGGGGCCACCCUGUGCUCUCGUUCAGGUGCCGGGGCUGGGAAGACCCAGGUAUGUGGCGGCAGGAUUGCUCUCUGUGCAUCGCAGUGCUGCCUGGCUCCUGCCAGGGGCGCUGUCUGCAUCCGGGCACAGUUCCUGCCUUGGUUAGUGCUUUCCAAAGCACCAUUUCAACGUGAGGUGGAGGAACCAACUGAAACGUUCAAGGGAAAAAUGACAGGGCCCCGGAGCUGCCGCACAGCCUGGCCCAGGAGGCGAAAGGGGGGCGGCGCGGAUUCCUUCAGGCACCUGGGAGGGGCGGUGGGGCACCCCCGAGGGACAGUGCUGACCUCGGGAGGCGCUUUGGUCGUGUGGACGGCUCCGCUCGGAAGGAGCGUCCUGUCCUGCUGGGGAGAGGAGAACGUAGGGUGCAGUGAGCGGCUCUUUGGGGAGAGAGGAGGCUGCUGACUCCUUAGGGAACGAAGCAGCUACUGUAACUUUUUUAAAUUAAAGACGAGAAGCCUUGAAAAAAAAAAAAAAAGACUUUAUUUUUCUAAGUGUUAAACUCAGUAUUUAUGUAAUUCUCAAAGGAAUUAAAGUCCGGCUCCUGUACAGUUUUCAUGGGGUUUGUACCACGGUGGGGGGCGGGGGGUAGGGACAGGAAGGGGCCUUGCUUUUUAAUUUGUAUUGUAACCUUGGACAUGGUUCCUCCAGCAUUAGCGUUUAAGCUGCCCGCCCUGACGUGCCCACGGGUGCUAGGAAUUGAACUGGGGCAGCUCAGCCGUUCCUGCCGGUUCGGAGCGUGCCUGCGUCCCUUGGGCCAGUCUGGGUUGGCCUGCGUGGCGGGCUAGCCACCAGCCCCCGGAGAGCAGGGAGGGGCUGGCUCCUGCUGGGAUGGAGGCAGGGAGUCCGGCCUCUACUCCCUCCUGCUGUGUGGUGGGAAGGGGGGAGAGGCUGGCGCGAGGCUCCAGGGCCCUGUCUGGUGUCGGCUGGAAUUGGAAGGGCGCCCUCAGAGCUGAGAAGGGGACAGGGCCUAAUGGGGCCUCUGCCCCUGGCACCCCACUCCCUAAAGCUGCUGUCAGUCUGGGAAACAAGUGCCUCCAGCAGUGUGUUUUGAGACCACGUUGGGAGAAGUUUCCAAUGUCCCUGCAAAGCCUUAAUUCUUCCUGAGCUGGGCAAGAGGCCAGCGCCCGGCCGUGGGCAGGCGAGAUGCCGGCGUUUCAGGCUGCUGGCUCUCCUGUCCCCCCGGGGCUGUUCUCUGCCCUUCACACCCCUCUCAGUAACGCACACAGACAUGGCUUUCCCCACCUCUGCUGCUUUGAGGAGAGGGUUCGGCCUCUCGCCAGCCCUCUUCUUGUGCUGUUCCCUGGGGAGCUGGGCGGGUUCCCUUGGGAGCGUGGACGUGGUUCCUCAGCCCUAGGGAGCUCCCCGGAGUCUCCUCCGAGCCAGGCUCUCCUCUCCUCUGUCUGCGCAGCUCCCAGCUCCAAGCAGCAGCUGACCCGUUGUGGGGCCGCGUAAGGCGAGGUGAGGGUUAGAGCCCAGCCAUGGCUCAGGACGAUAUGCCCAGGUCUCCCUGUGGAACAGAGCCACUUUUCCGGGCAGCACUUUCCCCCUCGUGUUGCUAACCAGGAGUCAGCUCAGGGCAGGGGGGGGUCUGGAGCUGUUGUCUGGCCUUUCCCCCCUGCUUUUCUCGGGCUGACGCUGUGAAACUGACCCCCUGGCCAGAGCUGGAAUGAGUUGAUUAAAGCCCCUGUGCAGCGUCAGGAAGUGCUCCCGCUCCCCUCCAAAGGAAAUGCAGGUUAAACGCUAAUGCUGCAUUUUAUUUAAAGUGCGGACUUGUCAGAACACUUGUGUAUCAGGGAUGAAAUGGCAUUUAUUGUGUGGUGACCUUUUUAGUUCCUUUUAUUGAUUGUUUUGGGUUUGUGUGUGUGUGCGAGCGUGUGCUUGGUUGUGUGUGUGCGUGCGUCCGUGUGUGUGGUGGUUGUGGUUUUUUGUUUUGUUUUUUUUAAAACGUUUCCAGGGCUUUCUGGAAGGAUGUGGACGUAAUCACAGUACUAUGUACAGAGCUUUCUUUUGUAUUAAAAAAUACUCUUUCAAUAAAUGUAUCAUUUGUGCACAGA